GUGGUAAUGCUCUUGGCGUCCGACGGAAAGGGAAGCAAUGGUGGUAUCGUUGGAUUGUUGGACAAGGCAAUCGAAGACAGGACGGCGUACGCGAAGUAUCAUGGAUACGAUUUUAUGUUCACCAACACUACCAAGUACGACCUCAGCAGGUUCGGCGACAAGAUUCACCCCGUAUGGGCCAAGAUUCCUGCUAUCAAGGACGCUUUUGAUACCUACCCUGACGCCGAGUGGGUUUGGUGGCUCGACCAGGAUGCGAUCAUCAUGACCCCUCAGAUUAACUUGUGGGACCAUAUCCUUUCACCCAAGGCCAUGAAGCAAAAGUUGUUGAAGAACGAGAUGUUCAGGGUUUCCGGUGGGCGUGAGAUUGGCAUCAGGACUCCUGCUGAGAUCAACCCUGACGAGAUCAACUUCAUCGUCGCCAACGAUCAGAACGGAUUCAAUGCUGGUUCGUUCCUUAUUAGGAGAAGCGAGUGGACGGAGUGGUUGUUGGAGAAUUGGCUCAACCCUAUAUACGUUCAGAAGGACUGGCCUGGACGUGAGCAGGAUGCUUUCGGACACAUGGUUGAGUUCAACAAGAAGAUCAGAGACCACACUGGGUUGGUGAACCAGAGGUUGUUCAACUCGUACGCACACAUCAAAUGGGACUUCAUGGGAUUUUUCCCUGGCGAUUUGGUGGUGCAUCUUGCUGGAUGCUGGGUUAACAGAGAGUGCAAGGAGAUUUGGGACGAGAUGUGGGCAAUGAGG